AACUUACAACGGAUAGAGUAGUAUUUCUAUAGGGUUUUGUAUUUUCGGAUACGAGGAGGGAAAAAAAAGAGGGAAAAUGAGUACAGGCAGUUCCCUGACAUCGUCGCCGGCGAGGUCAUCGAGUUCGACGAUGGCGAUGAUCGGAGGAAACGCAGGGCAGUCAUCGUCUUUAGCCGCUGAUGACUUUAACUUCCCUACUGAUCUCAUCUCCAUUCAAGAUCGCAAAGAUGAAGCUCUAAAUGUUCUCAAAUCUGAUCUGAUGGCUUCACUGAAUAAAGAGGUUAAAUCCUUAGACGAGGAUAGCUGGAUGUUUGAUGGACCUCGGUCUCGCAUUCAUAUGAUUUCUAGGCCAGGCUAUCUUUACAAACAUGGAGAAAUUAGGAAGCUUUCUAAGCUGCCCAUAUCAAAAUGAGGAAUAUUUUCCUUCCUUGAGAACUGUAAAACAAUAUAGCCUUUAUUUAAUGAGCUUGUCGUGGUAUAAAUGUGAAUGGCACCGAUGAUUUACUUUGUUUUUGAAGUUAAAGUGCACAAAUUUAAUGUUUUA